AUGUUGUCGAGGGUCACCAUGCAGGAGACGCUGAGGAUGGCUGAGCACGAGCGCAGGCACGAGCGGAGAGCUGGAGAGAGGAGAGAGGAGAAGAUGCACGCCCUCGUCGCUGCCGGCAUGGGCCGGGGCGGUGAGCCGAGGAAACCAGCUGCCAAGACGGACCACCGUGGACAGCAGCUGCAACAGCCUCACACGUCGAUGCAGCCACAACAGCAGCAAUCGUCGCAAAUCUGCCAAUUCCACGGCCCUAACAGCACCCACGAGACAUCCGACUGCCAUAAGUUGCACGGUGACUUCCUCACCCACUACAACGAGUUCUUCGCGUACAUGAGAGGGCGGGGGGAAGCUCGGGGUCUGCAAUGCCUCGAGGCGGAGCGCAAGACUCGGGGCGUAUGGCUGGUGGCUCAUCAAGACAGGCGCCGUACCACCAUCAACAAGGUGCGGGGUGGAGUCAGGGGCACCCUCCUGCGCUACCAGGAUCGCCGCGGGGACCAGCAGCAGGGGCUGGAUGGCAGCAGCAACUGGGGCGCAACUCUGGGGGGCGUGGCUACGGCGGCUAUGGGUCUCAACCUCCCGAGGGCCGUGGGCGACACGGCGGUGGCGCCCGCGGCGGUACCAACACCCAGCUGGACGAGACGACCUCCCGAGGCAGGCUACGGGUACGGGCUUGCGGCUCACGGAGGGGACCAUGGCGGAGGUCUCUACGGCAACGCCGGCGGGGGAUACGGUUUCGAUCUUUUUCCCGACGGCGGCGGGCUAUUUCAUCAGCAGCAUGAGCAGAACCACGCACUACACUACCCUUCUGCUGCACGCCCUGACGCCUACCAACCGCGAGCUCAAUACGAGGCCUUCGACACCUCGACCCAUCAGGCUACGUUCCCGCAGCAGCAACAGCAGCGGCAGAUCACCCUCACGGGGACCAUGGACAGCUGCCGUUGGUGCUUGCCGGCGCGGGGGAUGAGGGGGCCGGUGCCGAAGCAGGGGGGCGGGUACCGCGGCAAGGGGGCGCCGAACGACGUGUUCCACAUCGACAUUUGGGGUGGCUACACGGCGACCAUCGGCGGCAACCACUACAUGCUCUUCGGCGUGGACGCCGCCACGGGCUGGAUGGUCUGCUAUGCGAUGCGGCGGAUGUCGGAGGCGCUGGCAGUCUUCAAGCGCAUGGUCGUGGACGCCGCUCACAAGGCCGGCACCGCGAUCAAGUGCAUCCGCUGCGACUGCGACGCGCUCUGGACCAGCGGUAGCUUCAAGGAGUUCUGCGCCGGCAUGGGGAUCGCGCUCGAGUACUCCCCUCCCGGCAUGCAGGAGUACAACGGCGUCGUCGAGAGCGCCAUCCAGAGGUGCCUGAAGGUGGCCAAGGCUUCUCGCCGGGUUGCCCAAGAGCUGCUUGGCCCUGCCGGAUUUUCACGCAUCCGCGGGCUGAGCGUACGGGGCGAUGAGCUCUGGGCGGAGUCCGUAAAAGACGCCGCGCAGAAGCUGAACCAGUCUGCAUCUCCAUCCAACCCAGGGGGUGCGUCGCGCAGGAGCUCUACACCGGCAAGAAAAGCCCUUUUCGCUUGA